AUGGGUAAUUCCAAGGUUUUCUUCGAUGUCGAGUGGGAGGGCCCCGAAUUUAAGGAUGGCAAGCCUACCUCCACCGUUAAGGUUCAGAAGGGCCGCAUCAACUUCAACCUCUUUGACGAUGUUGUCCCAAAGACUGCCGGAAACUUCCGUGCCCUCUGCACCGGCGAGAAGGGCUUCGGUUACAAGGGCUCCUCCUUCCACCGCAUCAUCCCCGAGUUCAUGCUCCAGGGCGGCGACUUCACCCGUGGCAACGGCACCGGAGGCAAGUCCAUCUACGGCGAUAAGUUCGCUGAUGAGAACUUCCAACUGAAGCACGACAAGCCUGGUCUGCUGUCCAUGGCCAACGCUGGCCCCAACACCAACGGCUCCCAGUUCUUCGUCACUACUGUCGUCACCUCAUGGCUGAAUGGCCGCCACGUCGUCUUCGGCGAGGUCGCUGACCAGCAGUCCCUGGAUGUUGUCAAGGCUCUUGAGGCCACUGGUUCCGGCUCCGGCGCCAUCAAGUUCCAGAAGCGCCCCACCAUUAUCGACUCUGGUGCUUUGUAA